AUGGCCGAGUCAGAGCGCGCACCCAAGUUUGCGCCGUUUCUUGGAAUGGCCGGGGCUGCCUUUGCCAUGAUUUUUGGAUGCAUGGGAGCUGCAUAUGGGACAUUCAGGUCCGGUGCGGCAGUUGCGGCAGUUGGUGUUGAGCGCCCAGACUUGGUUAUGAAGUCACUGCUCCCAACGGUCAUGGCGGGUAUCAUCUCCGUCUAUGCGCUCGUGGUAUCUCUGCUCAUAGUCGGGGACAUGAGCCCUCCGCCAAAGCAGAACUACUCUUUGUACAGCGGAAACAUGCACUUGGCGGCUGGGAUCUCAGUGGGCAUGACGGGGCUGGCUGCUGGAUAUGGGAUUGGUGUCAUUGGAGAACAUGGGAUACGAGCUUAUAUCAAACAAUCGCGGAUAUUCGUGCCCUUGGUUUUGCUGUUGAUUUUUGCUGAGGUUCUAGGGCUCUAUGGAUUAAUCGUCGCACUGAUUCUCAAUACGAGAACAAAGGGAUGA